AAGAAAUAUUUCCAGGCAAAAGCUCCAUUCAAACAAUUGCUAGAUUUGCCACUCAGAAGCGAAAAAUUAAAAGUUUUCUGGGUGUAAUAGAUCAUGGUUGAAUGUUCCAUGCGGUCGGAAAAUCAGUUGCGCAGCGUUGUGUGGAUUUUCGCGUCUUUAGUUUUCACUCUACAAUUUUUCCCGAGGACCCAGAGAAAUCGCACUCAAUAAGCUUAACUUUAACUUUUACGGUUCUCUCGUGUCCUCCAAACUUCUCAAGUGCAUCCAUCCAAUUCUUUAUGAUUUGUAGACAGAUUUCUUAGGAAAGAACAGCAUUCAAAGCAGAAUGAGUCCAGAGUUCUGGCUGACAUUCAUGUUUGUGAUGUUCUGGAUUUAUGUCAUUAACGCCACUGGCCAGUGUCAUGAAAAUGAACACUCCAUCGGAAGAAUGUUCCUCAGAGGUCACACCUUUAAAACAUUACGGGUUGGAUUCCCUGAGGAGUGCUAUCUGUGGUGCGAAAAAGAAAUCAGGUGUCAGAGCUACAACUUUGUCAUUGGUCAAAAUAUCUGUGAACUGAACAAUCGUACAAAGGAGGCAAGACCAGAAGAUUUUGCGCCAGACUGGAAAAAAUUUUACAUGAAACGUUCUCAAAAUAGAGUCCCUCUCGGAUCCAUCAAGGACCUUCCAGCAGCAACGUGUGGUGAGAUCAAAGUGAGUGAGGGAGACGAGAUGGCCAAUGGGAAAUACUGGAUUUACUCUGAUGGUUUUGGAGGGGUCAUCGAGGCUUACUGCGAUGAGAGUUGGCAGAAGAUAAAUGGCAAAGAGCCUAUCUGCUUUGGAGCCAAAGAUGACCAAUAUGGUUCCUUCAAAAUGACAAAGAGUGGACAUGUGAAGACAAUGAAGCUUAUUCACAGGUCAGGGUCGGUGCGCUGCAGCAGUUCUACUAUUUCAUCCUACUGGGGCUGCAUCCACCCAGAAUAUGGAGAAACUCUGAUGACGAUCAUCACAGAUGCCAAUAAGAAGGCCAUUCUGCCCCCUACCGAAGACUUGAAAGCUUUUGUUUUCGUUUAUUAUAAUAAAAGAGAGCACUUUUACAAUCUUCCUGGAUAUCAUCAUAAUUCAACUGAGCUGGUUUUUCGCAACCUCGUCAAUCCAUUGUCUGUCUCGAGCAACCAAGAGAUGCAGAUAUGGUACGGACAGGAUUGGAUAGACUUCGGAGAGGUAGACAAUAGCGGUGAAACCUGUGUUGAUGUGUAUGCAUGGUAUGGGUGAGUCUGCCCUCUGGAACAUGCACAGAACAUGGGUGAAGUUCUGGAGUGCUCUUAAAUAUAACGACAUUCAAACCUCAUAAUUCAGGUGGCAAAUAGCACGAAGAAGUUAACUUUUAGGUGGGUAGUUUGGGUAUUACAAUGUUACUUCCCCCCACCCCCCCCCCCCGUAGAAAAAUCCAAGCUACGCCCCUGCUAAAAGCCUAAGCGUAUUUUGUCAACGUAAAAUGAAAAAUUAGUGGAAAAACCAUGGACUCUCCUGCACAUGAAGCUCAGUAGCAUUUUUUUUUUAUAAAGACAAACCUUAGAUGUAAAGAGGUCAAAGAGCUGAUAACGAAAUCCUUUUCAUUUUUUUUAAGUGAUAAGAAUUUUUGUAUGGUACGGUAUCGCUGAAAACACGAAGGAACAAAUGAUUAACACUUUUAGUAUUAUCCUUUUGGAAUAUGGACACUUUAUCCUUGUUAAUUGUUGAGUGCACGACUAAAUUAUUGAGAUGGUUUUGUUUCAAUAAACGUGUUUUGGGGAGUGGUCAUUCAUUUGGGGUUUCU